CCGAGCUUCCACUGCCCAUGCAGACCUUCAUCGUCCAGCUCGCUCGCGCAUUAUAUUGUACAGCUACCAAGAUCCCAAUAUAGUCAUUCCAAGUCCCUUAGAUCGCACUUGGGACUCUACAGUACACAACUUGAGACAAUCUCAAUCUGCGACCACACAAUUCUCGGCGCAAACACACAGUUCCAACCUUUGCAUGGACGGGACCACGGUUAUCGGUGCAUUGUCCCAAUAAUCCCAUCUGGUCAGAUUCUCGCGUGUUUGUGUUAGUGUCCACAGUUUCUAUUCCAUCAUGGAACAACAAGUCGAUCGAUUAGUCGACAAGAUCUGGAACAAAUUCCAGUCCACACCGGACGAUGCCCGCCUACUGAUUGCCGUCAGUGGGAUCCCUGGGUCCGGAAAGACAGAGCUGGCGACGAUGAUGGCCAACCGCAUCAACCAACGAUACUCCGCGCAACAUCCAGACUCACCGCUUAUCGCAACCACCGUCCCGAUGGACGGCUACCACCUCACACGCGCGCAGCUCGCCGCAAUGCCUGAUCCCGCGUACGCGGCUGCCCGCCGCGGCGCCGCGUUCACCUUCGACGGGGAAAAGUUCCUCAAGCUCGUGCGGGCGCUGCGGGAAGAGGUAACACCGCGGACACGAAGUCUGUACGCUCCGAGUUUUGACCACGCGGUCAAGGAUCCCGUGGAUGACGACAUCACCAUCCCGGCCACCUGCCGGGUGAUCUUCUUCGAGGGCAACUACCUCAGUCUCAAUAAGGAGCCGUGGAGCACGGCGGCGGAACUGAUGGAUGAGCUUUGGUUUGUUGAGGUCGACUUCGAGGUCGCUCGGAGAAGGUUAAUUCGGAGGCACGUCAAGGCGGGCAUCGCGAACGACGAAGCCGAUGCAGAUAAACGAGUAACGGAGAACGACUUGGUUAAUGGGAAAGAGAUCAUGGAUUGCAGGAUGGAGCUGCAGGAAAUCAUUAAUAGUGAAUUUGACCCUGCGUGGGAGAGGUAGCGCAAGGGGUUUUGAGGGGCAUAGAACCAUGAUCACCAGACUGAUUAGAGACUUAUGGACUGUCCUAAUCUCAUAUGGUGAUUCGCAUCACGAGAUGAAAGCUUCAUAUACAUACUGCGCUUUUUUUCAGAUGUUUGCGCAAUCGCGGGGUGUUGAUCUCCCGCUGUCUUUUCCGAUAGACUAGCUACGGAUGCAUCCACGGAUUGUUUUAUUUUCGAGUGCUCCUGGGACGC